AGAAGAAAGCUGCUCAGUAAGCUUCUGCGCAGUUGCCGUUUUUCUCCAAUCAUGAAUGAUCGAAGCGAAUGUUUUGAUGGAGUCUAGAGACUAAAACCAGCUCUGCUAUAGUGCUGUAAACUCACAGCUGCUGCGUCAACCGAGGUCGUAUUAUGUUGCAGUAACAGAUUUAGUUUGACUGAGCGAGAAAGGACCAGUUAGUUAGUUAAUAUCGUUUAGCUGCGGCGGCCUAGCUAGAUAACGUUAGCUGUGUUGACCGGCUGUGUUGCUUCUCUUCAUACUACAGCUUCAUUAUCUCUGUGGCUGUAGUUAUCAAACAUUAUCGUACCUUUUAAUUGAAGCAAGAACGUCGGAAAGUGUGAGCUUCUUGAGACCAAAUCCAGCUGGAAGAAGUGGUUAUCCAUGUCCACGAGUUCCUGCAGAUUAACCAUCUUUAAUAACAAAACACAAACAUGUCUUUAGUCGCUUAUGGCAGCAGUGAUGACAGUGACUCAGAAGGCACCUCAACUUCUGCAGCACCGGUCAGCUCAGGAGGGCUCUUCUCUCUCCUGCCUGCUCCCAAGAAAAAGACAACAGGAGGAACCGAGGGGGGACCAAGAAAGGAGACAAGAGAGACCCGUUCAGCAGGGGACAGCUCGUCAAACGAUGACCCAGAUCCUCAGCCAUCUAAAGGAGGCUUAUUUUCUAGUCUGCCUAAGCCGAGGAAGCGAGCAGAGCCUGUCAAGAUCAGUGUGCCACAGAUCCAGAGACGGGAUUCAGACUCUGAUGAUGAUGAUGAACCAGCAAAGAAGAAAGUACAACCUCAGGGUUCAGGCCUUUCCUCCCUUCUACCACAACCCAGAAACAUGACAGUGAAGGAGAUGGACAGACUCCUGAUCCCUCACACGCUCACCAAGCGCCAAGAACCCAAAGGACCGAAACCUGGAGCGCCGGCUCAGGGUGGGCUUGGCUCUAGUGCGUCUCCCUCCGCUAUCAAAGCUGCAGCGAAAUCGGCCGCCUUGCAGCUGGCCAGACAAAUAGCCAGCGACGACCAGGACGAGGAGGACAUAACCCCACAGAACUACUUUUCUCUGGGCGAGAGCUCGCAGCCUCUCCCCGCGGUCGUCCCAAGCUUAGACCCUGACCCGGUAGCCCCCGCAGAACCUCUUGCGCCUGCACCUGCAGAUGAUGAGCCGGGUCAGUCGGACGCCCCACUCGACUUUGGGGGGAGCCAGGAGGGAGCAGGUCCAUGGGGAGGUCAAUAUGCUCAGCUUCAACAGCCCAUGGCAGGCCCAGAAGCUCUCCCUCCGGGAUACUACAGUGAGCCAUACUACGAGGAUCCUGACGUAGAGGCUGAAGAGCCCGGCAACUCUGCCAUGUUUGAUGAUGAAGCGUUCAUGCGGCUGCAAGGGAAACGGAACAGGGGCAAAGAGGAGGUGAAGUUCCUGGAGAUCAAGGGGGACGACCAGCUGAGCGGAAACCAGCAGUGGAUGACCAAGAGCAUGACGGAAGAGAAGCAGACCCGUCAGUCCUUCAGCAAGAAAAAGGGAGAAAUGCCCACAGGACAACAGCGACGCAAGCACCAGAUAACAUAUCUCAUUCACCAGGCAAAGGAACGUGAGUUGGAGCUGAAGAACAGCUGGGCAGAUAACAAGCUGACCCGCCGGCAGACGCAGGCCAAAUACGGUUUCUAAAUGUCAAACUGUGGACUCUUGGUGGCAUGUGGAAACACUGCAUCAGAAAGUAGAGUAGAGCUUUCCAGAUUUCCCUACGCAAUGGGAAAACAUAUUUUUUGGGAAGAAACUAUACACACCCACACCUUAAUACAGAUUUUCCCUCCUGUAUUUGUGUUGUUAUUAUUCAGUAGUUCUUUUGGUCAACGGUUACUUUUGUACGGAAAAUCCAGCCGUUAAACUUCCUUUCACAGUCAUUUACAGUACCUAUAGGCUCUAUACCUGCACAUAACAGUGUUUUUAAGGAACCUGUGGCCAGCCAGUGACCCUCAAGUGGCCGUUAUAAAUGUUUUCCUUUGACAGUGUUUGCUUCCUGUUCAUACAGCGAAUCCUGAUGUAUGACUCCUGUUUCUUUGUGAUUUAAAGAUGACAUAAUGACAGAUAACUCCACAAAAAAGGUUUGGUUCUCUGGCAGUCACAGAAAUGUUAGUAAAAUGUUGCCGCUGAUAAAGAGAGAUGAACCAGUAGAAAGCUGUGAUGCAUUCAUUACAUAUUUAUACGAUGAAUUGACACCUUUGUAAUAAGAAAUAAAGAUGAUGUUGGAAUACAUAUGCUGCUCACAAUGACUCAUUAAAUUAAGGAUGUCAAAGUUGUCCAUGUUGCUAUCAUUUCAUCCCUAUUUUUUUUAUUUACUUCAUGUUCAGCAAAGUUGUGAAAGAGCAUACCGCCAUCAACUACAGAUAUUUUAUAUAAAUUAAUUGCCAGAGAACCAAACAUGCAUUUCCCUUUCCGUUGGUUCUUUAGGGACUAUCAUCUGGCUGAUUUUAACAUGAAACCGGACCUUUAUCUCAGUAUUAUCUGGCUGCAUCCAGCAUACAUUUACAGAUUCACUAGUUUUCUCCUAAGUCCCAAUGACAAGUCUUUAUACUAGUGUGCAAUUGACAGUGUGGUAACACAUUUAGCCUCUUGAGGAUACCCUAAAUAGAGAUCACAUUCAUUAAGUUGUUUUAUUUUAGGUGGCUGAGAGGAGGCCGUACUGUAUUUCUUUCUGCUGCUCCAGUUAUAGGAAGACUAUGCCGUCAAAAUUAAUCUGUGGCUUGUUCUCUGCCAGGGAGCCAGAAGGUUUAAAAUACACAUUUGUUAAGGGAAACUGCUAUGAACCGUUUAAUAUGGUGAAACAAAAAUACUGCUAAUCUCUCCAGUGUUUGGAGAAUAUUGCAGAUUUCUUAAAAUCGUUCUUGCAUCAAUCUUCCUGCAAAGAAGACUUUUAAACUGAAGCAAUGCCUUUUAUUCAGGCUCUACUGGUUUCCUAGUCCACCCCCCAUCAAUAUUUUCUUAGUUUUCAAGCAGAUAAGAGUAUAAAUGUUAUCUCACGAGCUAUUAGUGAUUCCUUACACAUGGAUUUUUGUAGAAAGUUUCACAUGGAAACUUUGUCCAGGUGUAGCUGUGGCUCUGUAUUCGUCCACCAUUACUGUUCCGACACAUGCACAACCUGAACUGCCUCAAAACUAACUCUGAUGUUUGGGCAGAAACAUACCAGCAGUCCUGGAAGACUUCACAGUUAUAGUACAUAUACCGUCGGUAGAGCUGCAGAGGGGGUUUGGAAGAAAUAACAUUUCUUUAACAAUCAGACAUUCACAUCCCCCCUUGGUUAAUUACAUUAUCUGUCUCUCCUAGGACAAAACAUUGACCUCAGCAGCUAACAACUGUAUUAAGGCACUGACAUUUCAACUUCAGUGACUAACAUGUUUGACGGCAUUACUGGGAAAAAUCUUUUUGUUAUGCAUGUUGUGCAGUUCAAAUUAAUGAAUAAACCUUUUCCUUUCCUGGCUCCAUA